AUGAUACAAGGAGCUUAGACUGACUUCAUCUAUGUAUUUUAUUGAUAAAAUAUUGAUUAUGAUAGAUCUUAAAGAAAUAUAAAAAAAGUAAAAGGUAUUCUUAAUUAUAAGAAUUGCACAUCUAAUGUAAGAUUGAUAUUCUACUUUUUUGAAGGUAUCGUUGAUGAAUUGAAAGGGAUGGACAAAGAUGAACAUUACAAUAAAUUUUUCGAAAUCCUACAUAGUUCUUUAACAACAAUUAGCUCUUUUAAAUUUUUAAUUAUUUGUCACAAACUCAUCUAUUAACUCUAGCAAGAAUUUACUAUAAGAUUUAUUUAAAAUAAACUCAUACCUGGAGAGCAUACUGAUAAGUCUAGAUUGGCAAUAUACUAUUAUAAUUUUUUAUUCAAAAUAUGUGAAAACUUUGAUUACUACAAAGAAGUAAUAGAUUUUAUUGAAACUGACAACAUUAUUAAGUUUUUAAAAUAUGAAUUAUUUGUUCAAAUCCAAAUAUUAUAUCCCUUAGCAACUAUGCUACAAGAAUUGUCAUAAGUAUCAUUUUUCAAUAUUAUUAGGUUGUCAAAUUAUUAGAUUACUUACUUUGUAGAGAAUCACCACUUCUUCUUCAACUGGGAACUUGUAUACUUAAAGACUUUUGCGUUAUUUAUAAUUUCUUAUCCACAACAAUGCAAGAAUUGUAAAGUAGAAGUUUUUAUAAUUCUCUUAGUAUUUAUUUUAAAGGUUCCUUUAAAAGAAGCAAAAGUACUUUAUCAAGUUUAUCAAAUCACUAUUCAAAUGACAAAAUGCAUGAAGAGAUUGUCGUAACUAAAACUCUACUCUAAUUUUAAAUAACCACAUUACUUCAUUAUCACUAUUGAAUU